AAGAAAGAGAGAGAGAAUGGGAAAGUUAAUGGCAAAGAGGUUUUGCAUUGGGUUUGGAUGUGGAAGAAUUGGGACGGCCAGCAACAAAAGAUCAUCCUCAUCCUCAUCAUCAUCUUCAUCUUCAUCACUAUCAUCAUCAUCUUCAUCAUCAUUGUGUAGCAACAACAACAUAAAAUGGGAGAUGAGGCCUGGAGGGAUGCUAGUUCAAAAGAGAUCAGAAGACUCCAACACUGAAGAUUUAAUCAGCCUUAGAGUCUCCACCGUUUCUCAACUCUCAUAUGAAAUCUCCAUAGAUGCCAACUCCACUUUCGGUGAAUUGAAGAUGAUGAUAGCAAUAGUGAGUGGCAUCGAGGCAAAAGAGCAAAGACUCUUGUUUAGAGGAAAAGAAAGAGAAGACAGUGAAUACUUACACAUGAUUGGUGUUGGAGAUGGUGAUAAGGUCUUUUUAUUACAAGAUCCUGCUUUUAAGGAGUUGAAACCUACUCAUCUCCCAAUUACUGUCUAAUUUUUAAUUACCUUACUUUUAUUAAUUUGAUUAAUCAACCGAUUAGUUAGCUCUAAUCCACCCUUGAGACAUUUUCUAGUAGAGAAGUGCUAUAAGUUCUUGAUUUUGCAUGAGUAUUUUGAUUGCUAUUGUAUUGUCUGAUUGUGUCACGUUUAGUUUGAUGGCUGAUCAGUAAUUAUGGUUGUAUUUUGCUAGUCAUUUGAUUGAAGUUGUAAUAUCAUAUCGAUUUCUAUGAGUGUAAAGUUGGCUGUUUUUUUGUUGUUACUAUUUGGAAUUUCAGGUUUUAAAUGUCAA